AUGGUUCUGGAUUUAGAAUUAUUCCGCGCGGACAAGGGCGGAGAUCCGGACAAAAUCCGAGAGAAUCAAGCUAAACGAUACAAAGAUGUCACCCUGGUCGAUAAAGUGGUGGAAAAUGAUACGCAGUGGCGAAAAUUGCGUUACAGAGCUGAUUACCUGAAUAAACUUCGGAACCAAUGUAACAAAAUGAUUGGGGAAAAAAUGAAGAAAAAAGAACCAGUUGGAGAUGACAGUACCAUUCCUGAGGAAGUAAUAGAGAAGAUUGAAGAGUUGACUGCAGACAUGUUACGGGCACUGACUGUGAAGCAGAUAAAGAGUGUGGCUGCCACCCUUGAUAAUAUGAUGAAACAAAAUACGGCCAACAUGUCUACAUGUGAAAACCAGAGGAAUGAGGCACUAAAGGAAAUUGGCAAUUUGCUCCAUGAUUCUUGCAUCAUAAGUGAUGAUGAGGACCAAAAUGGAAUUGAACGUAUUGUAGGUGAUACAACUGUUCGCAAGAAAUAUUCUCAUGUAGAUCUGGUUGUUAUGGUUGAUGGGGUGGAUAUUGACCGCGGUUCUGUUACAGCAGGUGGCCGAGGCUACUAUUUAAAGGGUCCACUGGUGUUUUUAGAGCAAGCGUUAAUCAACUUUGCCCUGAAUCUGCUUCAUGAACGAAAUUUUACUCCACUCUAUACACCAUUUUUUAUGCGCAAAGAUAUUAUGCGAGAAGUUGCACAACUGUCACAGUUUGAUGAGGAAUUGUAUAAAGUGAUUGGUAAAGAGAGCGAGAAAAGUGACGAUGCAACUAUCGAUGAGAAAUAUUUGAUUGCCACAUCUGAACAACCAAUUGCUGCUUUCCAUCGUGAUGAAUGGAUUGCAACUGAAGCCUUGCCCAUUCGUUAUGCUGGACUUUCCACUUGCUUCCGACAAGAAGUGGGCUCUCAUGGACGAGAUACUCGAGGAAUAUUCAGAGUUCAUCAAUUUGAAAAAAUUGAACAGUUUGUAUUGACCUCUCCUCAUGACAGCAAAUCUUGGGAAAUGUUUGAUGCAAUGAUUAAAAAUGCAGAAGAUUUUACAAGUGCACUCGGCAUUCCCUACCGAAUUGUGAACAUUGUCUCUGGAGCUCUCAACAAUGCUGCUGCUAAGAAACUGGAUUUGGAAGCCUGGUUCCCAGCUUCUGGUGCUUUCCGAGAAUUAGUCUCCUGCUCAAAUUGUACAGACUACCAAGCACGUCGACUCAGAGUACGUUAUGGACAGACCAAAAAGAUGAACCAAGAGACUGAAUACGUGCAUAUGUUGAAUGCUACAAUGUGUGCUACAACAAGAACAAUCUGUGCCAUUCUAGAGAAUUACCAGACAGAAGAUUGUGUACUUGUUCCAGAAGUAUUACAAAAAUACAUGCCAGAAUCUUACAAGGAGAAACUGCCAUUUGUGAAACCAGCUCCAAUUGAAGAACAAGAAAAGAAGAAAAUAGAAAAGGGCAUGAAAAAAAUGAACAUCAAAAGUUGA